CACUUCAUCACUUACUUACUUCUCUAUCUUGCUUCACUUGUUAGGGCGAGCAUUCAUUUAUCGUUAUUUCUUCAACUUUUGUAAAAACCUUUCUGUAUUUGUAGAUACUGGUUUCUCGGCACACAUGGCCAAUAUGGCCGAAUCACAUCAUGAUUCACGACCCGCGAGGACCGAGAGCAAUGGCGCUCCAGAGUACGACAGCGCCCUCGAUACCGCGAGACGCAGCAUGGCGUUGACGAGGGAUGAGUUUGGGAGCCUUCCGGGACUACCGCGCUUAGAAUAUCGGCUCAUGGAACAUAAAAUGAAGCUCUUUGUGGUGUCGGGACUUCUGAUAUUCGAGGGAAGCCUGCUGCCAAUCGUUCUAUUCUACCCCCUCUGGUACGCUACCAGCUUACGGCAUGGAAUUCUCUUUGCUAUCAUCACCUCUUUCUUCGGCCUCAUAUCAGGUCUCGAAUUCGCCCACCGAUCAUGGCGCUUAAUCCACAAGAACGACAAAUACCGACCGCUCGACGGCACGCGCUGGCGCUUCGAUUUCACGCAUUGGACGCUUUCGAUAUGCUACACGAUCAUGACGGGAAUCCUGAUCGGAGCAUCCAUCCCACACGAGCCACUGGUCCGGCCACUAGCCAUUCCCGUACCUCUCUUCUUCAUCGGCGCCGGAAUGCUCUGUAUCGUCACGGGCACUAUGUCUGCAUUAGACAUGAAGACAGCUUGUAAAGUCAGCUCGAUACCUAAAGGGGCGCCCCAGCCGCCGUACGUUUUGACUGCCGUUGAGGAUGUGGUGGGCGUUGACGGCGGAGGUGCGCGACCGUUCCGUCGCAGGUUAUUGGAGAGAUACAAGGCAAGCAAGGCCUUCAGACGUCUCAUCGCGGAACUAAAUUGGUUCUGGGGAAUCGGGUCCGUGAUCAGCGGGGCUGGAACCCUUGCUGCCGUAUGGGUGAUCCCUUCACAAGAGAUCGCCUACGGUGUUGGAUGGGGAGAGCCACUAGUGUUCUUCGUUGUUUGGACAGCGAUAACAGUCUUCUGGAUCCGGAGAGGGCUUCGAAGAGAGAAGAAAGUAUGGGCCGACAAUACAGGCGAGAAAGCCUCGGUGGAAUCGAGCACGGAUACCUAGAAUACGAACUAAACCGACAGAGCAUAGACGACAUGAUAUAUUUUCACCACUUUAUGAUAACGAAGGAGUUGAUGAUUUGAAAUGUAUGACCAUCAGGCCGGGCAACAUAGCGACGACAGAAAAAUGGUUGGAAGUUUUCAUUUAUAUGUACCCUUAGUAUGUAUGUUUGAUAAAGCUGCCAUGGCUGUACAUGGAUUGAAAUAGAACAUAUCCCAC